GGUGGCAGAACCCGCGUUUGCUGAGUCCCCUCAGGACCACAGACAUGAAGCUGGUCUUCACUGCCCUGCUGCUCCUCGGGGCCCUCGGACUGAGUCUGGCUGCCCAGAGGAGAAGUGUUCGAUGGUGUACCAUAUCACCAGCUGAGGCAACAAAAUGCUACAAAUUCCAAAGGAAUAUGAGAAAAGUGAGGGGCCCUCCUGUCUCCUGUGUCAAGAGAGGCUCCUCCCUUGAAUGUAUCCAGACCAUUGCGGAAAACAAGGCAGAUGCUGUGACCCUUGAUGGCGGUUUGGUGUUUGAGGCCGGGCUGGACCCCUACAAACUGCACCCUGUAGUGGCAGAAGUCUAUGGGACUGAAGCAAACCCACAAAGCCACUAUUAUGCUGUGGCUGUGGUGAAGAAAAGCAGCCGCUUCCAACUGAACCAACUGCAAGGCGUAAAGUCCUGCCACACCGGUCUUAACAGGAACGCUGGCUGGAACAUCCCUAUAGGGACACUUCGUCCAUUUCUUAAUUGGACAGGGCCACCUGCACCCAUUGAGUCAGCUGUGGCCAAGUUCUUCUCAGCCAGCUGUGUUCCUGGUGCAGAUGGAAGACAGUUCCCCAGCUUGUGUCAACUGUGUGUCGGGAAAGGGGCAGAUAAAUGUGCUGCCUCCUCCCAGGAACCGUACUUUGGCUAUGCGGGUGCCUUCAGGUGUCUGAAAGAAGGGGCUGGAGACGUGGCUUUCAUCAAGGACAGCACGGUGUUUGAGGAACUGCCAGAUAAGGCCGAAAGAGCCCAGUAUGAGCUGCUCUGCCCAGACAAUACCCGGAAGCCAGUGGACAAGUUCCAGGAGUGCAACAUGGCUCGGGUCCCUUCUCAUGCUGUUGUGGCACGAAGUGUGGACGGCAAGGAGGAGUCUAUCUGGGAACUUCUCAGCCAGGCACAGGAAAAGUUUGGAAAGAACAAGUCCUCAGGGUUCCAGCUCUUCAGCUCCCCUGAUAACCAGAAGGAUCUGCUGUUCAAGGACUCUACCCUCAGGUUUUCAAGGAUCCCCUCAGAAGUAGAUGCUGAGCUGUACCUUGGUUUCGAGUACCUCACUGCCAUCCAGAGCCUGAAAGAAAGCAGGGCGGAGGUGGAGGCCCGACGCGCGCGGGUGGUGUGGUGCGCCGUGGGCGAGCAGGAGCUCAGCAAGUGCAGGCGGUGGAGCAGCGCGAGCGGCGGCAGCGUGACCUGCGCCUCGGCGCCCAGCACAGACGACUGCAUCGCCCUGGUCCUGAAAGGAAAAGCUGAUGCCAUGAGUUUGGAUGGAGGAUACAUCUACACCGCGGGCAAGUGUGGUUUGGUGCCUGUCCUGGCAGAGAACUACAGAUCCCAAAAAAGCAGUGACCUUGAUUGUGUGGAUAGACCAGUGGAAGGAUAUCUCGCUGUGGCAGCGGUAAAGAGAUCAAAUGCUGACAUUACCUGGAGCUCUCUGAAAGGCAAGAAGUCCUGCCACACUGCAGUGGACAGGACCGCAGGCUGGAACAUCCCCAUAGGCUUGCUCUUCAACCAGACAGACUCCUGCAAGUUUGAUGAAUUCUUCAGUCAAAGCUGCGCCCCUGGCUCUGACCCUAGAUCCAAUCUCUGUGCUCUGUGUAUUGGCAACGACGAGGGGAAGGAUAAGUGUGUGCCCAACAGCAAUGAGAGAUACUAUGGCUACACUGGUGCCUUCAGGUGCCUGGCUGAGAAUGCUGGAGAUGUUGCAUUUUUGAAAGAUACCACCAUCUUGCAGAACACUGAUGGAAAGAACACUGAAGAAUGGGCUAAGAACUUGAGGCUUGAGGACUUUAGCCUGCUCUGCCUCGAUGGCACCCGGAAGCCUGUGUCUGAGGCUAAGGGCUGCCACCUGGCCAUGGCCCCAAAUCAUGCUGUGGUAUCUCGGGUAGAUAAGGUAGAACAUCUUCAACAAGUGCUGUUCACACAGCAGGCUAGGUUUGGAAGAAAUGGAUCUGACUGCCCGGGCCAAUUUUGCUUAUUCCAGUCUGAGACUAAAAACCUUCUGUUUAAUGACAACACUGAGUGUCUGGCCAAACUCCAUGGCAAAACAACAUAUGAAGAAUAUCUGGGACUACAGUAUGUCACAGCCAUUGCUAAUUUGAGACGAUGUUCAACUUCCCCCCUCCUGGAAGCCUGCGCUUUCCUCAGGAAGUAAAACUCAAGAAGAUGGCCUGGCCUCCCCAGGGAGCCUCCAACCCUUCCUGCUUCGUAUUUUCAGCCUUGUCCCCUGUGCUGGGGCCUCACCCUCUUGUACCAGGGCAGUGUUUGCCAAUCCAUCCAUGCACUAUUCUUUGCUUUCAUCUUAGCAAGAAAUAAAAUUAGAAAAAUUUU